AUGGGUAGCAAACAAUCAACGCCAGCAGAAAUGGUAAUAUAUAAUGAAUCCCCAAUUCGAUUUUCUCAUGGUUUGGUUAAUAAACUACAACAAGAACUGCAAAAAGAGCGAACGAGAAAAUCACAACCAACAGUGGGUAAAACCACUGAGCCUAUAUUACCUGAAGAUAUAGAGGAUAUCGUUCAAACUCGCGUUGAAAGAGAAUUGAAUCGUAUUAGGGAGCGUGAUGAAGAAAUACAGAGACGUAUUGAAGUCGAAUUAGUUAAACGUAGAGCCUUCAUUGAUGAUCAUGGUCUUAAUGCCAUAGUUACUGAACAAGAUAUAGAGGAAUUGAUUUUACGGGUCGAAAGGUUUGUUUUCAUUGAUAGAUCAAUUGGAAUUAUAUGA